AUGUCAAUAAACUACAGCACACCGCACGCCGUGGAUGUUCCUAUCACAGAUAUGGAUGACCCGGAGGAUGAUAUUAUUUUUGACGAACAUGUUAACGAAAGACACCCACCAAAUGUAUUAUUUGACCCCCUUGCUAAUGACGAAGAGAGCAAAUCCAAGUCAGGUCUCAUUGGGAAACUUAAAUCGCUUUUGCGAAAUGAUACAAGAACCAAUGAUUACGAAAUGGUUCUGCGUUAUGAUGCUGGCAUCGAUUCUGACGAGGAAGCAAUGAACGAGCCUCCAAUCGAUUUAAAGGAGUACAGGUUAAGACUUCUUGAAAAAAAAGUCAAAAACAGAACCAUUUUUGGUGGUGCUUUGCUUACAGCUGUUGCUGUUGUCUUAUUCAUACUUUACUUUACCAAGACCAACGGCUCAAAGUUGAAUAGUGAAUCAAACAAGCCGCUGCAUAAACUCUACUCCAAUUCAACCCAUGAUUUUUAUAAGACAACUGUCGUUGUUUCGCUAGAUGGAUUUCACCCUCAUUAUAUCAAUCCACAUGACACCCCAACUCUCCACAAUAUGUUCAUUAAUGAUUAUGGUGCACCAUACAUGAUCCCAAGUUUCCCAUCUGUGACUUUCCCUAACCACUGGACAUUAGUGACUGGGCUAUAUCCAUCCGAGCACGGUAUCGUUGGAAACACAUUUUUUGAUACCAAGUUGAACAAACAGUUUGUCAGUACUGAUCCUCAGAAUGGUAGUUUGGAUCCUGACUUUUGGCAAGGUGGUGAACCAAUUUGGAAAACUGCUGUACUGCAGGGAGUCAAAGCGGCUGUGCAUAUGUGGCCUGGUUCUGAAGUUCCUGGCGUUGGUCCCGCAUUUGAUUCCGAUAAAUUCAAUGGGUCCGAAUUGUUGACGUCUAAAGUGGAAAGAGUUAUGGGAUGGUUAGACAGAGAGAUAGAGACGCGACCACAGUUGAUCUUGACAUAUGUUCCCACAGUGGACGAAUAUGGCCACAAGUACGGAAUAUCUGGUGACGAGCUAUCAAAGAGCUUGACUUAUGUCGAUGACUUUGUAGAAUUGAUGAAAAGCGAACUUCACAAGAGAAAUCUUGACAAUAUUGUCAAUUUGGUUUUUGUUAGUGAUCAUGGAAUGGCACCCACGUCUAAUAAGAGAGUAGUGUAUCUUGAUGAUUUGAUUGACUUGAAAAAGAUCGAUCAUAUAGACGGCUGGCCAUUGAUUGGAUUAAUACCAAAUGUGGAUAUCAAUGACGCAAUGAAUGAAAUCAAGGCAAACUUUGACCAACUCGAUGCAAAUUUGACCAAGCACUACCACAUCUACAAACGAGAGGAUAUCCCAAAAAGAUUUCAAUUUGGAGGAAAGCUUGGUGAGCAUAAGUUCAAUUACAGGUUAGCUCCUCUUUGGAUCAUCCCAGACGUUGGGUAUGCCGUUACAACCCACAAGCAAAUGGAGGAAAACGGGGGAGAGUACAAGCCAAAAGGAGUUCAUGGCUACGACAAUUCCCAUCUUUUAAUGAGAGCAUUAUUUUUAGGAUCGGGCCCAUUUUUCAAGGAGAAAUUCAAGUCAAACAAAGUUAAGCCAUUUGCCAAUGUGAAUUUUUACAAUCUUAUUUGCGAUUCGCUAGAGUUGCAACCAGCUCCAAACAAUGGUAAAUUGGCUCAAGAUAUCGCAUCGCAAGUAUUGCCCAAAAAUUGGAACGAUGCCUUGGUAUUCCCCGACUUGCCAUUCCAAGUGGAGCAUAUUGUGCGUAAUAACGCCACCUAUGAUCAGUUAUGGAGGGUUGGAAGUAAAGCAAAGCCGGUUAACGAACAACCCAAUCCAAGCCCCAAGGCAUCACUCGUGUCUGGGCAAUCAACGAUUACUCAUAUUGAGACACAAUCGUUACCUAAACCAAGUGACUUUUUGACAACGACAACGACUAGCAAUACUGCUGGCCCCUCAAAAACAAAUACAGCUACUUCCACUACGCACCAAGAGGGGAUCGGAGGAUUGUUUAAUGAAAUAAUCGACGAUAUUGAGGAUGGAGUGGAGGCAAUUGGUGAUGCAUUGCACAGUUUUAUUGGUGACAAUUUUGACUAG